AUGAAUGGAGAUGACAUGGACCCUGGUCCCCCAGUGUUGGAGAAGAGGGCCAUUGUCCUGGCUGGUAUCUUGUUCUUUUUGUGCCUGGUGGCAGUGGUGGGUAAUGACUUCACCUUUGCAGCCCUGGGCAUUGAGUGGUUGCUGAGGAGGAAGCUGUCACCUUGCGGUAAGUUGCUGGUCAGUCUGGGGGCCUCACGCUUCUGCCUGCAGUGGGUGGUGAUAGAGAAGAGCAUUUAUCUCUUUCUCUACCCCAGGGCCUUCCCCUACAACCUCAUGAUGCAGUUCAUCACCUUCCAGCAGGACUUCUUGAACGCCGUCACCCUGUGGUUCUCCACCUGCCUCAGCGUCUUCUACUGUGUGAAGAUUGCCACCUUCAUGCACUCGGCCUUCCUCUGGCUCAAGCAGAAGGCAUCCAGGUGGGUGCCAUGGAUGCUGCUCAGCUCUGUCUGGAUCUCCAGCCUGAGCACCAUCCUGUUCUUCAUCGGUAACCAGUGCUUGUAGCAGAACCACUUACUGAGAGACCUGCACGCAGGGAACAACACUGGGAAUGGCAUGAGGAGGUUCUAUGAGAAGUUCUACUUCUUCCUGCUGAAGAUGGUUAUCUGGACUGUGCCCACCGUUGUCUUCCUCGUAGGCGUGGUUCUGCUCAUAACGUCUCUUGGCAAGCACGCCAGGAAGACCCUUCUCAUCAUCUCGGGGUGCUGGGACACCAGCGCCCAGGCCCACUUCAAGGCUCUCUUGGUCCUUAUCUCCUUUGCUGUCCUCUUCAUCUCCUAUUUCCUGUCACUGGUGCUCAACUCUGUAGGUGUCUUUCCGUUUCAGGAACUCUAGUACUGGAUGUGGCAGGUGGUGAUCUAUGUGUGCAUGGCUGUGCACCCCGUCAUUCUCCUCUUGAGUAAACCCAGGCUCGGAGCCUGCUGCAGAGGAGGUGCUACCCAACGUCUGGGACAUCGUGAGUGA